CUGUGUCUCCGAAUGGCAGCGCCGGCCCUCUUUUCACUCUGACUGAGUUUGUUUCCUGUGCAGCCGUCAGUCGCUCUGCACCAUCAACAACAUGGCCAUACGCAGAAAAGAUAGCUUCCUCUGGGGAAAAGCUCCAAUCAAACUCCCACCAGAAGCGAGGAGGCAGGGUGAGGCGCAUGAGUUUGAGCUGCUGGAUGACAUUCAGAAACUCAGAUUGGAGAUCAAUCACGUCAUGCCUAAAAUCCACAGCCCUGAACUGAAGGAGCAGAAUAAAAAUGUUGCGAGGAACAGGAAAUUCCUACGUGGGAAAAAGAAAUUUAACAUGGACUCCAAAAAAGGUGUCCAGUACCUGGUUGAAAAUGGCCUUCUCGAAUGGCGGGCAGAGUCUGUGGCAGAGUUUCUUUACAAAGAGGAGGGGCUCAAUAAGACCGCCAUAGGAAACUUCUUGGGAGAAAGGGAGGAAAUGCACCUGAAGAUACUGAAAGCGUUUGUUGGUCUGCAUGAGUUCUCAGACCUGAAUCUGGUGCAAGCACUGAGGCAGUUUCUGUGGAGCUUUCGUCUCCCAGGAGAAGCUCAAAAGAUUGACAGGAUGAUGGAGGCGUUUGCAGCUCGCUACUGUGGCUGUAACCCCGGGGUCUUCCAAUCCACAGACACCUGCUACAUCCUCUCUUUCGCCAUCAUCAUGCUCAACACAAGUCUCCACAACCCCAACGUGAAAGACAAACCCACUCUGCAGCGAUUUGUUUCCAUGAACAGAGGCAUCAACAACGGCGAGGACCUGCCCACUGAGCUGCUCACGAAACUGUACACAAGCAUCCGUAGUGAGCCGUUCAAAAUCCCAGAGGAUGAUGGGAAUGACCUCACACUGACGUUUUUUAAUCCAGACCGCGAGGGUUGGCUCCUUAAAAUAGGUGGUCGAGUUAAAACCUGGAAGAGAAGGUGGUUCAUUUUGACAGACAGCUGCUUGUACUACUUUGAAUACACAACAGAUAAAGAUCCAAUUGGGAUUAUUCCUCUGGAGAACCUGUGUGUCAGGGCACUACAAGACUCAAGCAAACCGUUCUGCCUGGAGUUAUAUAAUCCUAAAGGACAAAAGAUCAAGGCCUGCAAGACGGAGAACAAAGGCAGAGUGGUCCAGGGUAAACACCAGUCGUAUAAGCUCAGUGCAGCCAGCGCAGAGGAACGGGACGACUGGAUAGAUGCAAUCAGGGCGAGCAUCACCAAGGACCCUUUCUAUGACUUGGUGACACUACGCAAAAGAAAGAUCAUCAGCAACACUUCCUCAAAGGACUGACACAGCACCAUCAGUGAUCAUGGAUGAGUUUGGCUGAUGAAUCAUGUUUCAUUUUAAUGACUGCUCACGAAAGAUACAACCAAAACGUCAUUGCUCUGUAUUUCAAAGAACUGCGCAAAUUGGGAUGUGAUAAUUGUAGUGUAAAAAGGAGAAAAGUGAACCGUGGUUUUCACAUUACUUCUGCAAAAUUAAUGCACUGCUGCUCCGACUUCAGGGGCGACAAGUCUGACGGACAAACAUCUGCUGCAAAGCUAUAACAAUCAUGAAAGUCUAACCCAGAAGACAUACAAUGACCACAAAAAGACUCAAACGACUCCAGAGAGCCAUAAAACAACUACAAAGAGACAGAAAAUGACCUCAAAGAGACAUAACAAAGACACAAAAGGACACUUCAGGGACAUAAAACGACUUUAGACACAGAAAAUGACCACAAAGAUUAAACAGCUUCACACAAAAAAACAGAUAGACUUGAGCAAGACAUAAAAUGACUAGAAAGAGACACAAAACAACUGCAAAGAGACAGAAAACAACUUCAAAAAGAAACAAAAUGUUUUUGAAGUGAAACAUAUUGACUUCACUGAGACACAAAAUGCCAACAAAGUAUCAAAAUAUAAAUUGAUGCACGCCUUUUAGACAUGCACACUUUUCUGUUAAUAUGAAAGCAUCUGAACUUGUCAGCUUAUUGAAUAAAUGUUCACUGUGGUCACUUUGUUGUGAAAGCUGAGAUGGCAUUUGUUCGGUCAGACCUGGUAGCAUUUAGGUUACAGAUUCAAUGCAUGCAUGAAUAAGGUUGGAAUUACAUGUGCCUUUACUUCAUCUUCAGUUCCUUUUUAAAAAGACUUACAAAAGACCAACAUCUGGCACCUUUUCACAUCUGAUGUCAAUGUGUCAUAAACCAGCAUUUGCAGAGACUGGAGGUCUUGUAGGGUCACUGUUUGUAAGACUACAGCUAGAUUCCCAAAUUGGAUACCUAGAGAAAAACAGGUAGUUGUCAAAUCUCAGCACAGAAAUUUAAUGAGCUGAAUCUACUGAUGAAGUGAAUUCAGAGAUUGAAUUUGAGAUUGAAAACUCAAUUUCUUUUGAAAGUAUCUCCCAUCAUGGUGUCCUUGUGCAUGCAGCCACUGGCUGAGAUAACAGAGAGAGCACAAGUACUGGUUUUCAAUAAUGUUUGCAUGAUUGAACUUCAAUACUUGCAGGAGGAAAAAAAAAACGUGGAAUAUAAGAAACAGAAAGAUCGGCUUAACACUGGUCUGACUGAGUUUUAUGACCACCUAACAUCAAAGGACUGAGAUAACAGAAGAACGCCACAACUUUUGAAAACUGUCAGAAUUUAAUUUAGACUUUAGACAUUUGUGUGCAGCCAAAAAUGAUUAUAAAAGUAAAAUAUCCUUUUUAUUGUACACUGGAAAAAAUCGGAAAACAUAUUGAGGAUCAGCACAGGUCUAUAAACACUGUAGAGAGCCUUUCUUGAUUCAUUGGUUCCACAGUUUAACUUGGAUUAAACCCGAUGAAUCCAAGGUCCACUACUGACGAUGUGUCCCAAAUUUUAAAAUGAUAAACUAGAUUAGAUCCCUAAUCCCUAAACCUAAUCAAGGAAGGAAAAUGGCAGAUUAGCCUGGGUAAAAGACCGAAAGUUGAGGCACACAACCAUGCGUGCUGCUGGCAAAGUUUCUGGGCUGCCUUUCCUCAUAACAGCCAUCCCUCAAGAGUCUCUCCAUCUAAAGCAAUGCAUUAUCAGGGACUGUAACAUCUAGUCCUUUUUACUGAAUCAGAUUAAAUUUAGAAAGGUUUCCAAUGAAAACAGCAUUGUCCAAACUAAUGAGACUCAAGGUCAAGGUUUGACACAGUUAUCGGGAUCUGAAUUAGGUUUGUGGCUUGCAGCUAUUUAUAGAAGUCUUUCUUUUGCAUUAAUUACAAAUCUGCAGCAUCAGACAGCAGCAGGAUUCGUCUGUGAGCAUCUAAAACGAGAGAAUAAAUGCAACCAAAUAAAAAAUGAAAGAAUGCUGUCAUUUUAACAGAAUAAUGCGAACUGAAAAGGAAAAAGAACUUUUUUUGUGAACCUAAAGAAAUUUUUACAAAAAUGAACCACAGAAAUGAAGCAAAAACACAAAUACAAUGGCACAGAUGUUUGUGUAUGUGUACUUGUAAACUCUUAGUCUCCCCGUGGCUGCAGACUAUUUGAAGUUACAUAUAUUUAUUUGUUCAUAUUAGAAUAUUUAAAGUAGAUGAUUUUACAGACCAAUGUAGCAAAUAAAAUGUACAGGUUAUUGUAAAUGUGUAUCAAAUGGUUAAAAAGCACUCGUACUUGUUUCUUGACCCUGAUGUGCUAUAGUCACACUUUAGCUUGUGUAAAAAUGCAUUUAGCACUUUUGUAAACCUGCUCCAGCUGUUUUGUAAAUGAAAAUAUGAUUUUUUUUUUUUGUUAUUGUAUAUUCAAAUGAAUUUUAAGUUAUAGAUCUUUGUACAGCAUGUUUUAGAUCAUUUUUUGUAUAAAUUAAUGACUUUAUACUUGUGUGGUAAUCAAACUACUUUUCAUGUAUUAAAGUAUAUCGUAUAUUAAAAUUGUGCAGUUCUUUUUCCAGUAGAUGGCGCUACUUUACCACUCCACACCCUUUCUUUUGAUCAGGAAGCUCAUGCUGAAUUAUUAACCCCAACAGUGACUCGCUGAAUAUGUUAACCAGAUUAUUACUGUGAUGAUUACUGUGCGAGGUACGACAUCAUAUCAUCAUAUGUUAUCUUGUUAUUUUUGCUCCUGUUAUUAUCAGAUUAACAUGAUAUGUGAUGCUUUUCCUGUGAAGAUGCAGCAUGUCUGAUGUUGUGAUAGAGUUGUGGUUUCCUGGGAGCAAACAUGCAAGAGAGAAAAAAAAAAAAUAUAUAUAUAUAUAUCUUCUCACAGCUUUAUUCAAACCUACAGUGUGCCAAAGAAACGUGUUUCUUUAUGCAACUUUGCAUCAUCUAACCUUUGUGUUUAAUUGACUUCUCACAGAAAAUAAUAGCUGAAAAAUUAAAACCUAUCUCCCCUCAAAAGUAUGUGAACCUACACAGCUCAAACUCAAAGAAUGAAGUCAAAAUAACUCUGUAGUUUUCUUUGUCAAUUUCAUGAAUAUUUCUCUCACAGUAGCCUGAUAUGGUUUAUGUUUAUACCACCUUAUCUGCCACUCAUAAAAUGACACAUACCAAACCCAUAUUAGUCAGCAUAGUAAACAGUCACAUGUUGACUCGUGGUUAUUGCAAAAUGAUCACUCCAGCUAAAAGCACGCUCACUGCUCCGCUGUUUGAAGGGGGCGGACAGAUGUGUCCCGAUUCGGUCAGACGGUGAGAUGUGUGCACUAUUUGGAAACAGUUACUUUGAAGCAAACUUACUUAUUUCCACUUUCAAAGUGCCAUGCCUUCUACUUUAGAGUCUUGGUUUGGAUUCUUAUCUGUAA